AUGCCUUCCUAUGCCAAAUUUCUUAAAGAGAUCCUAUCCAAUAAGAAGAAACUUGAGGAUAAUGAGACAGUGACGCUUACUGCAGAGUGUAGUGCCCUUAUUCAAAACAACAUGUCCCUUAAGUUAAAAGACCCAGGUAGUUUUUCCAUACCUUGUCUAAUCGAAAAAUUUGUCAUAGAUAAAUCCCUUUGUGAUUUAGGAGUUAGUGUCAGUUUAAUGCCUCUUUCAAUUUGUGAAAAACUCAAAUUAUGCGAACUAAGACCCACGAGAAUGCCUCUCCAACUAACUGACCGCUCUAUUAAAUUUUAUGUGGGUAUGCUAGAAAAUAUUCCUAUACGAAUUGGUGAAUUUUACAUUCCCACUGACUUCAUAAUAAUAUACAUAAAGGAAGAUUCCAGCAUUCCAAUCAUAUUAGGAAGACCCUUUUUGGCCACUGUUGGUGCCAUUAUUAAUGUGAAACGAGGAAAAAUAACCUUUGAGGUCGGUGAGGAGAAAAUCGAAUUCAUUCUUUCAUAA